AUGACUUCGAUUUGUUUCAAGAAGGUUUUUGUGGAUCUUAUUUCUAAACUGAGAGUUGUUGAAUCGGUGUGUAUCCGCCUUCAGGAGGCGGUUGAUGUUGAUCCCGCUGACAAAGAUUUUGCAAAGGAGUGGCUGCCUAUGGUUUCCCAAACCUUGAAAUCGCUUUCGUUAUCUGGUCUUCCUUUUCCUAGAUUAAGCCAAUUGAAUAUUUUGCCUCUGAUUUCGAAGUAUUGUCAUAAUCUUGCUGAGUUAAAUCUAAGGUCUGCAUGGCUGUCUGUGUACAACUUGAAUCCAAUGCCAAUGCUAACUAGUUUGACACUUUCAUACACAAUAUUACAAGACCAACACCUAAACCAGUUUAAUAAGUGUUUCCCUAAUCUUCAUGUUCUUAAGUUGGAAGGAGUUACAGGACUUAAAGAGCCUAAGAUCCACCUUCUCAACCUCCAAACCUGUCAUUGGUAUGAUAAUAAUCAACUAUCUUUGACUCUGAUAACACCAAACCUCAUCACACUCAGAAUUGAAUGUCUUUGUUACACUGCAAUUCAUGUUGAAGCUCCCAUGUUAUCUCACUUUCAUCUUAUCCUUAAUACCCUUAAACAUGCUGGCUUCUUACUUUCAGAAUUCCCGACCACAAAAACAGUAGAAACUUUUAUAUUGGAUUCGAGAAGCAAAGCACCAGGAGACGCUAGAUAUUCAAAAUUAACCCUAGGGAAGGUGUUCCGGGUUUUUCCGAACGUGAGUUCUCUACGUAUUAAUUCAGGUGCUUGGUCCGAAUUAGAUGGUUGGGAGAUUUUGGAUGGGAGGAUAGGAUUGAAAACAAUUUGUGCAUAUCUGAAGUUAUUUGACCCGUCCUUGACUUUCUCAUAUGUUGCGCGCGGGUUGGACCGAUGCGUAGGCUUGUCAGAGGUCUCGUUGCUUAUCCACCGUGGUGUUGAUGGUACUCAAUAUAAAAGUUUCAUGUUUAAGUGCAUGGCUCGUUGGCCUGGGUUGAAGUGGCGGUGGGGAAUAUGGGGUGAAGAUAUGGAAGAUUUUUGGAUAACAAAUGCUAUAGAUAUCUAA